AUGACUGCAAAAGACUUUCAGGAGAGCGAAUUCUUUGACAAUAUCCUUGUCUCAACUAUUCGUUUCCUAGACUCUUUCCCCGCCAAGACACCAAAUGAAAAAGCUCAAUUUAUGAGAGGCUUGAACAAAGUGCUGCCGUCAUUCCCCAAGUCUGUGAUGGAAAAGAAAGUUUUACCUGCCCUACUCGAAGAGAUGAAAGACAAGGAACUAUUGUCCUUGAUUCUAGCCAAUGUUUUCAAGAUCAUCGAUUUGCUGCCUUCAGCAAAACGGGCCUUCAGCGAUAGGGUACGUCCAGCCAUAAAAGACAUCUUUGUUACCAACGCAAAACAAGCCGAGGAGAAAGAUCCUGCCAAAGAUGCCGGCUUGAUGGUGGUACUUGAGCACAUGUCGUCCAUUGCCAAUAAUAGUUCUGGCAAGGAGUUCAAAGACGAUAUACUACCAAUCAUCAUGGCGGCAAUUAUGUGUCCCACGCAUUCCGUAGUUGAUGCGGGAUUGCGCAGCCUGCCUGGUAUUCUUCCAGUGCUAGACUUCAGCACCAUCAAGAACGAAUUGUUCCCUGUCGUUGCAACCGUAUUCAGCAAAACGAACAGUCUGGCCAUCAAAGUCCGAGGCUUGCAGUCAUUCGUGAUCCUGUGUGGUGGAUCAACGGACCCCGGUAAUGACGAUGGACUUGACGGUCUCCAAGAGCACAAGAAAACCUCAUCGUCAACAGCUUUAGAUAAGUAUACUAUGCAAGAAAAGAUCGUUCCUCUUGUCAAAGUUAUCAAGACCAAAGAGCCUGCUGUAAUGAUGGCAGCUUUGAACGUUUUGAGAGUUAUUGGCCAAAUCGCGGAUGCUGAUUUCGUGGCCAUGGAAAUUCUACCGAUUCUGUGGCACAUGAGUCUGGGGCCUCUACUCGAUCUCAAACAAUUCCAGACUUUUAUGGAGCUCAUCAAGUCUCUGUCGAGGAGAGUCGAAGACGAGCAAACUAAGAAGUUGCAAGAGCUCUCUGGAUCAAACGGCGCGGUUGCUGCACCUACUGAGGACUUUAUGUCAUUUGGAGGAGUGACAGGUACCCAAUUCGACGCAAGCAACGGUGCCACUGAAGAUGACUUUGAACGUCUCGUUAAGGGCAAAGUAAGUCUGUCGCCGAGCAAUCCCAUGGAUGGUGGCUGGGAUGAGAAGGUCGCAUCCACAGUAUCAUCUCCAGGCUUGAAGAAUCCGAGACCUCGCCAAGUUCGAUGCCCUCACGCCAUCCUCAACGCAGUUUUCCCAGCCUCUUCAACCGAGCACAAGCUCGCAGUCGGUCUUCACCCCGCCUGCUGCGCAGCCACCGGCCUCCUCGUCAAUGAAUUGGUCGUCGUCAGCUGCGGCAACAUCUAA